AUGCUUCGCCGAGCCAUACUGACCGUGUUUCCAACACUGGUGACGGCACUAUGCCAUACCUCCGGAGUGUGUGUUGUUGAACCGGCUCCUAAUGGCGCAGACUCAGCCAUGGCUAUCAUCAACGCCUUCCAGCUGUGUGGGCACAAUGAGGCAUCUCAUCGAGGAAAAGUCGUUUUCAAGAAUGAUACAUACCACAUCAAGAGCGUGAUGAAUACUACAGGGCUCAGUAACGUGGACGUGGACCUACAAGGUACUCUGCUGUGGAAUGACAAUAUUCCCUACUGGCUGAACCACUCGCUUCCUGUCGGAUACCAGAACCAAUCAAGCGCUUGGCUCUUUGGCGGAGACAACAUCAGCUGGGUUGGUCACGGCUUUGGGACCCUCGAUGGCAACGGGCAGGUCUGGUAUGACUUCGUGAAUGGUACAAACAACUAUCCGGGUCGCCCGCAUCAAAUCACCGUCACGGGAACCCAAAACAGCUACUUCAGUGGUCUGCGCUUUGUGCAGUCGCAGAUGUGGACCAUGACGCUGAUCCAUAGUAGUAACGUCCUGCUCGAGUCCAUCUACGUGAACAGCACCGACAGCAAGCAGGAGGUCGGUUUUGGGUUCUCGUCGCUGAACACGGACGGCGCUGACACGGUGUAUGCGGACAACAUCACAUUCCGCGGGUGGACGGUGGACAACGGCGACGACAGCAUCGCCAUGAAGGCCAACAGCACCAAUAUCUUGAUUGAAGAUUGCCGCUUCUACACGGGGCUCGGCGUCGCCAUCGGCUCCAUCGGCCAGUACCCCGACACCUUUGAGUACAUCGAGAAUGUGACGGCUCGCAACAUCGAGGUCCAUGGCAUGCGCUACGGCGCCUACGUCAAGACCUGGACCGGCGUCCCCAGCGGCUACCCGCCCAACGGCGGCGGCGGCGGGCUGGGCUACGCGGCCAAUCUGCUGUUCUCCAACUUCACGCUUCAUGGCGCGACAGGAAUCUUUGCCCUGACACAGUGCACGCACUACAACGAUGCCAGCGGCGACUGUGAUACCUCACAGUUCCAGAUCCGCAACCUACGACUCGAGGAUUGGACGGGCGACUGCACGAGCGACGUUGUAGCGGACCUACAGUGCAGUGCUGCGUCACCGUGCACGGGGUUUGAGAUUGACGGGAUUGAUAUCAUUGAUACAGUGAACAACACGGCGCCGUCAAAUUACUUGUGUGAUAGCGUGGUCGGUCCCACCGGGUUCACUUGUACGGGAGAGCCGUGGGAAGAGAACAGUCGGUAA